GUCCGUGUGACGUCAGCGCGUCGUCAAUUUGUGACGCCGUCUCUCUUUGUUGGCUUAACAGCGGCGACGUUUUGUUGUUAUUUUCGCAGCUGCCGGAAAAACAAGCUGGGAUCACUUCGCUCCUCGCCUUAUUCCGCCAUCAGCCGCUUUUCCCACACUGUGUAUUAACUAACCACCAUAGGUGAGUUUGUCACAAGUUGAUAACCACCCUAGGAAUGGACUCAGACGAGGGUUAUAACUAUGAAUACGACGACGAAGAGGAGGAAUGUAGCGAGGACAGCGGCGAAGAGGAGCCCGAGGACGACACCUUGGAGCUCGGCGAGGUGGAGCUGGUCGAUCCGGUGGUGGCCGGCGGGGAGCGAGAUGAGUGCGGCGAUACCGUCGGAGGCGGCCAAGGCCCCGGCGACGAAGAGGAGGAGGACUACAGCUUCGAGGUUUUGACUGCUGAGCAGAUCCUCCAGCAUAUGGUGGAGUGUAUCAAGGAGGUCAACGAGAUCAUCCAGAAUCCUGCAACAAUUACACGCAUACUUCUUAGUCACUUCAACUGGGAUAAGGAAAAACUCAUGGAAAGGUAUUAUGAUGGCAACCUAGACAAGCUUUUCUCAGAGUGUCACGUCAUUAACCCCAGCAAGAAACCCCGAAUCCGUCCUCCGAUCAACACUCGGUCAUCUGCGCAGGACAUGCCGUGUCAGAUCUGCUAUCUAAAUUUUCCCAACUCUUAUUUUACUGGCCUGGAGUGUGGACACAAGUUCUGCAUGCAGUGUUGGGGUGAUUACCUGACUACUAAGAUCAUAGAAGAAGGGAUGGGACAGACUAUUUCUUGUCCUGCUCAUAGUUGUGACAUUUUGGUUGAUGACAACACAGUCAUGCGACUCAUAACCGAUUCAAAAGUGAAGUUGAAGUACCAGCAUUUAAUUACAAAUAGUUUUGUAGAGUGCAAUCGACUGUUAAAGUGGUGCCCUGCGCCAGACUGCCAUCAUGUUGUCAAAGUCCAGUACCCAGAUGCCAAACCUGUGAGGUGCAAGUGUGGCCGUCAAUUCUGCUUCAAUUGUGGCGAGAACUGGCACGAUCCUGUCAAGUGCAAAUGGCUGAGAAAGUGGAUCAAGAAAUGCGACGAUGACAGUGAAACUUCAAACUGGAUAGCUGCAAAUACAAAGGAGUGUCCAAAGUGCCAUGUAACCAUUGAAAAAGAUGGUGGCUGCAAUCACAUGGUUUGUCGGAACCAGAACUGUAAAGCUGAGUUUUGCUGGGUCUGCCUGGGCCCAUGGGAACCCCAUGGUUCUGCUUGGUACAAUUGCAAUCGCUACAAUGAAGACGAUGCCAAGGCAGCCAGAGAUGCUCAAGAGCGCUCCAGGGCAGCCUUGCAGAGGUACCUAUUCUACUGCAACCGCUACAUGAACCACAUGCAGAGCCUGCGCUUUGAGCACAAGCUGUAUGCUCAGGUCAAGCAGAAAAUGGAGGAGAUGCAGCAGCACAACAUGUCCUGGAUUGAGGUGCAGUUUCUAAAGAAGGCUGUGGACGUGCUUUGCCAGUGCCGCUCGACGCUCAUGUUCACUUACGUCUUUGCCUUCUACCUCAAGAAGAACAACCAGUCAAUUAUUUUUGAGAACAACCAGGCGGACUUGGAAAACGCCACUGAGGUUCUGUCUGGCUACUUAGAACGGGACAUAUCCCAGGAUUCCUUGCAGGAUAUCAAGCAGAAAGUACAAGACAAGUACAGAUACUGUGAGAGCCGGCGAAGAGUUCUGCUACAGCACGUGCACGAAGGCUACGAGAAGGACUUGUGGGAGUACAUCGAGGAUUGAGAACUGGUCCCAAUGCAACGGACUCCGGAGUAUCUUGACAAAAUAAGAGCGCUGAUGCAAUUUAUCAGGGCAGUACGGGCCUUCGCUCCCUCUACUUGGCAAAACCUACCAUUUUGCAUCGUUUCCCGGGGUUUGUUUAACAAUAUUAAGUAAAUUAUAUUUAAAUAAAAAGCUAGCGUCAUAAAAAGAAAGUGUACUACAGUAUUGUUAGCAAAGUGGAGAAAGUCCAUCUUCAAAAAAAAAACAACUUACAUCCUUGUUUUGGUUUGUAUGGUAACCCUCCACCUCAGUUUCCUUUUUUUCUCUGAUUCUUUUCAGCUUGUGACAUUUCUGUUUUAAACCAAUGUUUUUGUUUGCCCAUUGGUGUCAACUUGUUUUCAACACAGCUUUAAUCGUCCUGGAGGGUCAUGUGACCAGCUCGUUUUGUCUGCUGGGCUCAUUUGCAAAAAGGGGCAAAAGACUUUUAAUUUAAAAAAAAAAAAAAAAAAAAAGGAAACCUGGAGAAAAGACGUGAAAAAGAACAAAAUAGCAAGAUUUUUUUUUUUUCUUUCAAUUUGUAAAUAGUCCAUAUGCAUGGAAGUUUAAAGAAGACGUGCGGCACGCGUUUGCAUCAUUUAGACCUUCUUUAGAAACAUUGUAAAAGAUCCAUCCGAGGAGGCAAUAAGGAGCCGUGCACAAGGAGCUCUGAAAGGACACUAACAAACUACAAGGUUACAAAUGAUGCACAACGCGUGUGCUCAACUGUCCCCCGAUUCUAACCUGCCGCCGUACCCCUGUAGUUGUUUUUAGAGCUUACUAAUUGUUUGCAAGAGCCAAACUGAGUGACAUUCACUCUUUGUUUUCUUUGUGUCUGUCCCCAUCAUGGCUUGAGGUGGCCGCACCUUUGGGGAUGGAAUGUACUGACAGUGCUGCUCAUGAGCUGCAAGAGGUGUUGGGACCUUGCAGGGACAUAGAUGGACACCUGGGACUCUUCAUUCUACAACCAUAGGACAAACCUGGCAAGGUUGUGCUGGUCCCUAACUGGCCCUUUUUUUUCCCCCCCCUGUUUUUGGAGUUUUGAGGACAUGUCAGCGCCCCCUGCAGGUUGUCGCGCUCUCCGCUUGUAAAUGCUCCUUGGUGUGUGUGAAACACGGCAGCUGCCUUCUCCACGGAGGACGUGGAUGUUGAAGGCGCUGAUCAAAGUCACAUGAUGACACCCACGUGUCAGCAUCGAAAAAGACAAAAAAGGCAGUUCUAUGGCUGUGGGCUUGAAGAGGGUUGGGGGGGACAAUCGUGUCCCCAAAAUGCUUAUUGUGUUCAGACUUAUUUUAUCCUAGAAAAUUAUAAACUGUAUUGUUUAUUUGAAUAAAUGUCAUGAGAAAUCUGA